AUGGAACCUUAUCUUAUCAUUGAGAGAAUUGGAGCUGUGGCUUAUCGUCUAGAACUACCAGCAGAACUAGAAGCAUUUCACGAUGUGUUUCAUGUCUCUGUAUUACGGAAAGUGGUUGCAGAAAAGGAGUUGAUCAUACCACAGCCACCUAAAGACUUGGAGCUAGAUUUGUCAGUUAAGGGAAGACCUGUGUCAAUCCUAAGCCGUAGAGAUGGUGGCUCAAUGGGAAAGAAAGCUCGAACAGUUCAAAUAUGUUGGGAAAGAGAUGGUAUUCAGGAGGUAACAUGGGAGACUGAACAACACAUGAGACAAGAUUAUCCUGAACUCUUUACUGAGGAUAGUGGAGUUUUGAAUUCAGGGACGAAUUCUCUAGAAGUGGGGGAGAAUUAGAAAUCUCAGUUUUCCAGUUUUGCUUCCAGUUUCUGCUUGAGGUUUUGGGGGAAGGAUUCCGGUCGAACCCGAACGAUUCAGACCAGAUUGGUGGUAGAUCCAGAUAGAGGGAGUGUCAGAGAAGGCAAGGGAGUCGAAGUUGGUACCAUAGGAGGUUCAGUUUUCCUACAACAGUCUCAAUCCGUUUUCAGCCAAAUUCAGAGAGGAAGAAUCGAGCUAUGGGCCAUGGUCUUCCCUCGAAACUGGACUGUGAUGGGCCGACGGGUUACAUGCAGGUCACGAACGGCUGACGAGCCCGGUAUGGGAGUGUAUGAGCUACGGCUGCCUCCAAGCAUGAGGUUAUGA